CGCCACGUCUCUUAACAAUACGUCAUCGCCGACUGGUAGUGACACGGAAUCAACAUGGCAGCUUCUGUCAGGGAAAAACAAACUGCUGCACUGAAGCGAAUGCUAAAUUUCAACUUACCUCCUGUACAGAACAGCACAGCUGAACCAGUAUGGAAGGUCUUGGUAUAUGAUCGAUUUGGCCAAGAUAUCAUUUCACCAUUAAUGUCUGUGAAGGAACUAAGGGAUAUGGGAAUCACAUUGCACCUCCUUUUGCACUCUGAUCGUGACCCUAUUCCAGAUGUUCCAGCGAUAUACUUUGUGAUGCCAACAGAAGAAAACAUUGAUCGGAUAUGUCAGGAUCUACGUGGCCAGCUGUAUGAGUCUUACUAUUUGAAUUUCAUCUCUGCCAUUUCAAGAAGUAAACUGGAAGACAUUGCAAGUACAGCGCUGGGUGCUAAUGCAGUUGCACAGGUUGCAAAGGUGUUCGAUCAGUAUCUCAAUUUCAUUACUCUGGAAGAUGACAUGUUUGUUCUGUGUAAUCAGAAUAAGGAGCUUAUUUCAUAUCAUGCCAUUAAUAAAGCAGAUAUCACGGAUACAGAGAUGGAAGCCAUAAUGGACACACUUGUUGACAGCCUUUUCUGUUUCUUUGUUACUCUGGGUGCUGUUCCUAUAAUACGAUGCCCAAGAGGAAAUGCAGCAGAAAUGGUGGCAGUGAAACUAGACAAGAAGCUUAGAGAAAACUUGAGAGAUGCCAGGAACAGCCUAUUUACAGGAGAUACACUUGGCACUGGACAAUUCAGUUUUCAGCGACCCUUAUUAGUUCUUGUUGACCGAAACAUAGACUUAGCCACUUCUUUGCACCAUAGCUGGACGUAUCAAGCUUUGGUACAUGAUGUACUGGAUUUCCACUUGAACAGAGUGAAUCUAGAAGAAACUGCAGGUGUAGAGAGUUCACCAGCAGGAGCUAGGCCAAAGAAAAAGAACAGAAAGACAUAUGACUUGACCUUUGCUGAUAAAUUCUGGCAAAGACAUAAAGGGAGUCCUUUCCCAGAAGUUGCAGAAUCUGUCCAGCAAGAGCUAGACUCCUACAGGACCCAAGAAGAUGAGGUGAAACGCCUGAAAAGCAUUAUGGGACUGGAAGGAGAAGAUGAAGGCGCUAUUAGCAUGCUUUCUGAUAACACUGCAAAACUAACAUCGGCUAUGAGUUCACUGCCUGAACUUUUAGAGAAGAAAAGGCUCAUCGAUCUUCACACAAAUGUUGCAACUGCUGUUUUAGAGCAUAUAAAGGCACGUAAAUUAGAUGUAUACUUUGAAUAUGAAGAAAAACUGAUGAGUAAAUCUACUUUGGACAAGUCAUUACUAGAUAUGAUCUCAGAUCCUGAUGCUGGAACACCAGAAGACAAGAUGAGAUUAUUUCUUAUUUAUUAUAUCACAUCCCCACAGCCACCAUCAGAGGUUGACUUGGAACAGUAUAAGAAAGCACUGACUGAUGCUGGGUGUAAUCUUGCACCUUUGAACUACAUAAAGCAGUGGAAAGCAUUUGCAAAAAUGGCAUCUGCACCGACUAGCUAUGGAAGUAGUGCAGCAAAAUCACUGGGGUUGCUGUCACGUGUCAUGAAUACUGGAUCUCAAUUUGUAAUGGAAGGAGUGAAAAACUUUGUAUUAAAGCAACAUAAUCUCCCAGUAACUCGUGUCCUUGAUAACCUCAUGGAAAUGAAAUCCAAUCCAGAAACAGAUGACUACAGAUACUUCGAUCCCAAGAUGCUUCGAGGAAGUGAAAGCUCAAUUCCAAGAAAUAAAAAUCCAUUCCAGGAGGCAAUUGUAUUUGUAGUUGGUGGAGGCAACUACAUUGAAUACCAGAAUCUUGUUGAGUAUACCAAGAACAAGCAAGGCAAACACAUCUUAUAUGGCUGCAGUGAGCUGUUCAACGCAACACAAUUUUUAAAACAGCUUUCACAGCUUGGGCAAAAAUAAAACUACAGAUGGACGCUAUCAGUCAGUGUAUGUCGGGCAUUCAAGAGAAUCUCUUUAUUGAUGAGAUUGGACUUGGAACUGUAUCUUGUCAGUUAAAUUGUCAUUCACCAAAAUUAAUACUUCAACUUGUAUUUGAUAAUCUAUUUUUAAUGGAAAUUCUGAACUGUACUUUGCCAUAGCCAUGUACUAUAUAUGUAUUAGGAAUAAAGUAAAAAAAAAAAAAGUAGU